UUAUAUGCUAUCACGUUGCAAACGCACAUUGCAGAUUUUCAAAUUCACAUUAUGGAAUCAGUUUGCGAUUGGGAAAAAAAAGUUGUAGAAAAAAUUUAAAGUUGGGUCAGGCCGCUUACCCCACAUCAACCGGUAAAUCAAAUUUCACUAGCACUUACACAAGGCAGGGAUUAGGUUUAACCCUUCACUGUGUAGGCUCCUUAAAAUGGCUCUGCUACAAUUACCAUCGCUUGAAUGUUUCUUCUUUUUGUCUAUACUUUUUUUUUAUACCUUUGACCUUACCAACAGCAUCUAACAGCUUUCAGCAAUACAAUGGUUAUCUACAGAUCACACAGACCAAACAUUCCUAUUCCUAAAAUUGAUCUCUUCUCAUACCUCACAAACACAAACGAAUAUAAUCAAACAAGAGACAUCAAUAAACCAAUUGCUGUAGAAGGUGAAUCAGGGAAAACUCUUUCCUGGAAGCAAAUCCGGGAAAAAGCCAGGUAUCUUGCCACUGGUUGGAAUGAAAACGUUGGCCUAAAGAAAGGUGAUGUUGUUGCAGUAUUUGCGCCUAAUCAAUUUGAUCAUGUCGUUCUGUAUCUUUCACUUCUUGCCGCCAAAUGUACUAUAUCUCCCGGCAAUCCUGCUUAUACAGAAGCUGAAUUCAAACAUCAAAUCACCAAUUGCCAAGCUACUGCAUUAGUUACUGUUCCUGCGCUAUUACCCAUGCUUCUAAAGAUUACAGAUAGUAUCAGAUUACCCCGCAGUCGUGUUUUUCUGUUUGGUGAUAAAGAGGUUGAAGGCUGCCGUCCGUUCAAUGCCAUCUCGGGAAAAAAGCCAGUUUCACUUCCUCUUCAAGAUAUCGAUGGCUACAACGAUACCGCUUUUAUUUGCUACUCCAGUGGUACAACUGGCCUUGCUAAAGGCGUGAUGCUCACUCAUAAGAACUUUAUUGCUCAAAUCAUUCAGGCCCUUGCUGCUGAAGCAGAAGAAGAAGAGAAGCACGAUGAUGAUGUAGUUCUCGGUUUCCUUCCUUUCUAUCACAUUUAUGGCUUGACAAGCCUGAUUCUAAACUCCUACUACAAAGUUACACCUGUCAUUAUCAUGUCCAGGUACGAUCUGGAGCUAUUUUGUCAAUUAAUACAGAAGUAUAAGGUCACUCUUGCCGCUAUUGUUCCCCCAGUUGCUGUUCAAUUGGCCAAAUCACCAAUUGUCACCAAAUAUGAUCUUACAACCAUUCGUUUACUGGGCUGUGGAGCUGCCCCUCUCAGCAAAGAGCAUAUUACAGCAUUAAAAAAGCGGGUUCCUGCAGAUAUUAGACAAGGUUAUGGUAUGACAGAAACAACGUCCGGUGUAAUCUCUCAAAAUCAAAAAGGAGGUGUUCCAGGUUCUAUCGGUGUUCUGAGUACAAAUAUGGAAAUGAAGAUAGUAAACGAGAAAGGCGAAGAAUUAGGCGAUGACCAGGAGGGAGAAUUUUUCUUCCGUGGGCCUAGUAUUAUGAAGGGUUAUUACAAUAAUGAGAAAGCCAAUGCUGAAACAUUCAUGGCAGAUGGUUGGAUGCGUACAGGUGAUGUGGGCAAAUUUGACUCCAAAACUGGAGAGUUCUUCAUUCUCGAUCGUAUCAAAGAACUCAUCAAAUACAAAGGUUAUCAAGUGGCACCUGCAGAAUUAGAAGCAAUUCUCAUGGGCCUGGAAAUUGUCGCUGAUUGCUGCGUUGUAGGCUGGUACGACGAUAAUCAGGCUACUGAACUUCCUCGAGCUUAUAUCGUUCUUCAACCUAGUGUGAGCAAAGACGAGCAUACUGUAAAACAGAUUGAUGAACAUGUGUCAAAGAAUGUGACGAAUUACAAAAAACUUCGUGGUGGAAUCAAGUUUGUUGAUGCUAUUCCAAAGAGCCCCAGCGGGAAAAUUCUUCGUCGGCAAGUAAAGGAUUGGGUUAAAAAGGAACAAGCUGCGUUUACGAAGGCACGUUUGUAAAUAAAUUGAUUUGGAAAGAAAAUAUAUGGCAUGAUUAUAUUACUACCACUACUAUCUACUUCUACUACUUCAGCUGCGCAUAAGUUUAACGGAAAUAUCUCCCCGAUAUUGGUUCGAUCUCUCUUGCCAUUGACAGAGAUAUCGCAACUUUUAAAUAAAACUUACCUAGUUUUUUGUAUGCUGCGAUUGUGUUCAUAGCUUAAAAAAA